AUGUUGCAGCAUGCCAACGUAUUCUCUGCCAGGGAGGAGCAAGGGCAAUUGGCAACACAACGCCAUCAAGAACGUGCUUACAUUGAGGAGCAAGCUCAUGUUCCAAGACGUUGCGGAGGAUAUGCAAUUUCAGCAAAACUUGUACAACGUACUGCCAUCCACAAGGCAUUUGAAUACUUUCAAGACGAAACCUGGGACUUUGGCUACAAAUCGGGCAAACGAAUAGACAGUGCAGCUCUCAAACGGAGUUUGAAUGAAGUGAGAGAUAUAACUGGUUAUGAUGUUCCUUGGCGACAGUUUCGUGAUUGGCUGACAUACUAUCUUCAGUUUGGCCAUCUCCCAUCUCGAAAGAAAGCUUGGAAGGGAGAGCAAGGCCGAUCAAAGCGAUUGUCGUUUACUGCAAAUGAUGAUGAGUAUCUACAAAGUACAAUUGAAGAGCAAUCUCAAUUGCAUCUGGAUGAGAUUGUGACGGAGAUGACACUUUGGAAGCAAAUCGGAAGCGAAUGCGCGAUCUUGGAUAUUCUUUGA